UUGGCAUUCCUCAUGACGCCAUAUUUUAUAUGUUGACUGUUUUGCGUAAAUUUUGUUUACAUCUAGAAAAAUUACAAAAUCUUUGCAUACAAGCUAAAAUUUUGGUUUUCAUACAUAAAAAUCGUAUAGUUCGUAGUGUAUUACAGCAGGGAUAUAAUUUUGCUCGAAGCAGGAAAAUAAAAUUGACCAAAAACGGAUCGCAAAUAUGGAGAUGGGCACAUUGAAAAAUUUGGAGCUGGAUAAAAUCUGUCGGAUAUGUUUGGCGAUCAAAAAGGAAAUGCGACCGCUGUUUGGCGAAAUGGUGGCAGAGAUGCUGAUGGAAAUCGCUAAAAUACAGAUUGAGCAAAUGGACGGCUGGCCGGACAAAAUCUGUAUCCAAUGCAUCCAUCAGGUCAGUCGCUGUCACGCUUUCAAAACUCGGGUCGAGAAGUCGGACACUGCCCUGCGACACUACAUUAAAGGUAUCACCGUGGUUACAGAGGGGCAGAUGGCUAAAGAAGCGCUCGCUGUUGACGUUCCAAGGCCGCAGAUCGCACCUCAAAAGAUUCAACAGAUUCAUCCGGCUCCUCAGAUUCAGGAAAUACACAUUCAACGGACGGAUAUACCAACAAUAACAGAAGCUGCUCAACCUCCGACAAUGAUACUGACGAAUGCACACCUCCUCGGUACCGGAGCACAAAUAAUCAAUGCCGGCCACUUGCUAACUACGGCUACGGGCCAACAGAUCAUCCAAGCUCCCCAGUACCAUGCGGCACAGAUAGGGCAGUUUAUUCAGGGACCGAAUAACACGAUACAGAUGAUUACCCAUGGAGCGCCCCACCCGCAAAUUUUGCAAAUUCAACGGACGGCAGAUGAUCGAUGCGAAAUAAUUGUUCAGCCAGACAUGGCAGAGCAGCAACAGUAUUAUGAGGAAAAUAAUGUACUAACUGUCAACCCAGUUCAAUCCGUCCCACUGAUGGUAGCAGCCCCUACAGCAACGCUUCAUCAUCAUCUUGCACAGCAAGCCCUUCAACAACAUCAACAGCAGCAACAACAGCAGCAUCAGCAGCAACAACAACAGCAACAGCAUCAUCACCACCAGCAACAGGCCCACCAACAGCAGCUUCAUCAGCAGCUGCAGCAUGAAGAUCAACAGGAGGAGGAAUCUGCAGAAGAAUCUCAGUUGAAGGGUGACAGUCAGGACUCCGAUUGUGGCGAUCAGGAUGAUAGCCAGUUGGAUAAUGAAGAGUUCAUAGAAGAAGAUCAUCUUGAAGAGGAGGACGAAGAAGAGGAGGAAGAAGAAGAGGAACAACAGGAACAAACGGAGGUUGAAGAGACAUAUUAUCUCUCAGAUUGUGAAUCAGAUGACGAGGAAAAAAAGUUGGAAGAAUUCAUGACGCAUCAAACGUCCUGUCCUAGCCCUGGCCGGUAUGUGUGCAAUUUGUGUCGGAAGGAGUUUACUCAACCAAAAUGGCUACAAACGCACAUGUCCUCCCACUCAAACUGGCUGAAGGCCAAUUGUAAAAAGCAGCCCGAAUGUGAAAUAUGCCAUAAAAGCUUCCGAGGUCCAGGGAUGCUUCGAAUGCACAUGAAAACUCACGAGAAAGGAGAUAAACUACCUUCCUGCUCGAUAUGCCAUAAAGAGUUCAAAUCGAAAUCCAUCCUGUAUCGUCAUCGACAAACACAUUUUGAGAAAAACUUCGCAUGUACCUUAUGUGACAAGCGGUUCAGUUCGAACUAUCAGUUGAACAUCCACGUGCAACGACAUAAAAAGCAAAAACCACACAAAUGCCCCCACUGUGACAAAGCGUUUUACAGUAGUUCUGAUUUAAAGAUACACGUAAAUCAACAUCUUGGAAUAAAAAUUAUCCAAAUCAAGAAACCGACAACGCCCAGCUAAUCCAUAGAUAGUUGAAUAGUAUUUUAAUAGCAUGUUUAGAAUAAUUCAAUCAACUUGGGAGACAUUCUGGUUCUCCACAUUUGAUGUGCUCUCAGUUCCGUGUGCUACACCGAGUAGCUUUCCUUUUCCGUGCGUUUUCAAUAUCUAAGGGUACACAAAUUGUAAACAGUGAAGUCCAUUUGUAUAUAUUAUACAAAAAUUAGGGAAGAUAAAGAUCCGUACGCUCUAUAUUUCAAUAGAUUUAAUUUAUACAUAAGUCGCUUGUGCAAUGCUUAUUUUAGUUAUAAUGAGAUUGUUUUAUGUUAGAAUAAAAAUUGAGAAUCAGAUUUAAAAUCAUUGUAUAUUAAUAGUAAAAGUCGAGUUAGUGGAAUUAUCUUGUUGUAUUUUUUAUUUAAUUUAUUUUCUAAUAUGUCUCAAAACGCUUCAAUAAAUUGACUUUAUAAUUUUUCAGAA